AUGGAGAAUAGGUUAGACAAACUUGAAUCCGACGUGAAGAAGAUUCCCGGUAUUGAGGGGCGGUUGGAACGGAUCGGUAGUAACAUGAAUUUGAUGAUGCAACAAAUGAAAGAAACACAACAUAGCCUCCGGACUUUCGCUGAAACAUCGGGCGAUGAACCCGAGUCACCUUGCGGAAUCCGAGCAUCGCUAGAUCUAGAGCCUCUAUGGCGACGGACCACGAGGAUGAGGCGAGGCUCGGGCCCGGCUUCGAUUCAAAGAGAGGAGCACGGUCUUUACUACGUGGGAUGCAUUGAAAUCCCGAGUGCUAUAACGAGUUGCGGGGUUACGAGAGGGCUCCCUACUAAACCAAUUCUUCACGAGUACAACGGAGAGAGCAAGGGUUAUGCUAUAAGUGUGAUGAGAAGUGGCAUGCGGGCCACCGGUGUAAGCAAAGGGAGCUGCAUGUCUUACUCGGUUAGUGAAAGUGAUGAGGCGAGUCAAGCCGAAGGAAAUUUUGAACCAAUGGGAGAUGGAGAUUCACUAGGGGAGUGGAGUUAUCUCUUAAUCUCGUCAUGGGUCCGUCCGAACCAUGUACUCUCAAGCUUAAGGGAGAGAUCCACGGGGGAGACAAAGGAUGAUUAG